AAUGGAGGUCAUCGGGAGUGUAUGAGAGCCACAUUUAUAAUAAAAUAACUUAUUAACGACACAUAUUUUUAAUUACAGCAAAUCAUAAACGACUUUAGAAUGAAAGCCAAAACUAAAACAAAGAAAACUGAUCGGAAAUUUGCUCGGCAUAAAUUUAGCACGAAAGAUCCACCGAAAAUCGAAACUCCUGCGUAUGAUUUGUCGAAUAUAUGUAAACCCAUCGAUACAAGUUUAUGUAAUUUGUAUCAAGUAACAAAAUUAUUUGAAACUGCAAAUGAAGAAAUUAAAUGUAUUCUUACAUAUGAAUGCGAAGUUAUUUAUGAAUGCAAAAUCUGUCGGAGUUUGUUCAGAAGUUUGCUAAAUUUUAUUUCACACAAGCGGAUUUACUGCGUGGAAAAAUUUAAUAUUUCAAAUAACAAGAACGUCAUCGAUCCUCAAGUCAUGGUUAUUGAGAAACCCAUUGAUUCUGAAUGCAAAGAGAAUCAUAAGGAUGAAAAGUCAUCAAAGAAUCCGGCUCUUGAUAAGAAGUUCAGUAAAAAGGACCUCACAUCAGUGAUAACGAUGUUGCAGAAAAAGCAAGCUGACCCCAAUUACGAUGACGUUGAAGAACGGAAUCGGAGAACUCACAUUAUUGCUGAUACGGAACAAGUACUUUUAGAGGUAUUGGAUUCGAAUCGCGCUGCAUUUCAAACUGUUUUCGAACCAAUGCUUUCAAACAUUGCUUCAAAUGACUUAAUGAAGGCGCAGACGACAGAAUUACAAAAUAUAUUAAGCCGCGAUACGGCGAUACUUGGCCCAGAUGGUCAGAUUGUGGAGCUCAGCACUGAUGAAAAAAGCAGCAACUCUCUACAGUAUUUUAAGAAUCCUAAUAUAAUAGAGGAUGAGAGUCUCGUGUGUUCGAUUUGUAACAUAAAAUUUUCGACAAAAAAGACAUUAACUUUUCAUAUAAAGUCACUCCAUACUCCCAAUCGUCUUGUCUAUCCCUGCAUUUAUUGCAACAGUUUAUUUCCAAGUACUUGGGGUGUUUAUCGGCAUCUAGUAAAAGUUCAUAGAAAGAGUAAUACGCAAGUGCGGAAAUUGCGAGCAGAGAUCCAAGCAAAGGCAUACCUCAGAGAAACUACUCGUGCUCAAGACAUUGACAAAGACUGUGAAGAUGAUAAAUUAAAUAGCUUAAAUGAACUGCGAUCGACAAAUGAAACUCAGGAAUGGAUGACACACUUGGAGUCAGACACAGAGCUCCAAAGAUGUGGAGGCUGUAACAAAAGAUUUGAUAGAAAAGCUGCAUUGCUAGCCCACUCUCAAAUCUGUCAACGACGUCAAGCUGCAUGCAAUGACGUCGCGACCAAAUCGAAACGUAAUAAAGUUGUUCCUGAAACGACAACUGAAAAAUUGACUUCAGCGCUUGAAGUUGGAUUCAGUUCAGUAGCAGAGAGUCAGGAUACUUCGACAAAAAAAAUAUCUACAGAACCAGAAUCACGUGUAACAUCUUCAGAGAAUGCUGACAGUUUACUAAAUUUACCCAACGUUUCACCCGCUGUUACAAUCACUCGAUUAUCUCAGCGACAACCACCCGUGGAAAUUUCAAUCAGGGUCGAAGGUGUCGCUAGUCUUAGCAAAGAUGCAUGGGACAAAAUGGGUAGUGAAGUAUCUACGCUUUCACUUAAUACUGAUGUUGACAUUUUGAGAAUACCCUCCGAUACAACACCGACUAAAACUUCUCCCAACGACAAUGUAUCGGAUGACCCGGAAAUAAUAUUCACGAACAUUGAAAAGACUCAAAGUAUUUCAGGGAAUAAAGGAAGCAAAAAAAGAAAGAUGGGAAAAUCUAGCACUCCAACUGACUCUAACAAGCGAAUCAAUUUAAUGAUGCAAGGAAAGCAAGAAAAGAAAAACUCUACAGAAAUAAAUUCAAAUUCAGAUCCUAAGCCGGAAGACAAGACGAUGAAUUCAUCAAGUCCUAGAAAAUUUGAAUGUAUACCAUGCCAACGUACGUUUUCCAAUCUUACAAAUUUACGGAGACAUAUGACUGAGCACAUAAGCUGGAAUCGUUUCCGAUGUAAAUUGUGUGACUUUGAAUGUUUUGAUAAGAUUGAUUGCGUCGCUCACUGUAAUAAAGUUCAUAAUGCUAAGAAUAGUCGGACGAGUAUUGCGAACAUGAUAAUAGAGUUGCCAUUAAACGAAAAACCUACUGAUUCUUCGAGAAGUUUACUUAAAAAACAUCAUAUACUUAAAGAUUCAGCAAAACAUAAAAUUAUUGAUGGAACCAAGUCAGCGAUUUCAACUAAUGAUGUUAAAGUUAAUCAAAAAGUCAACUCUAGCCAACAUGAUUUAAAAGAAACUAAUAAAUCUGAUUACUCGACUGAUGAAAAUGGUAGUUAUAGUCCUAAACCAGAUGAAGAAUUAGUUGAUGAAAAAAGUGAGCUGGUUAAAAAGGCAAGUCUAGAUGAAGAUCCGGAACUUCGACGGAUGGUCAUGGAGGUGAUAUUCGGUUCAUCUGAAACAGCAAAUGACCAACCUGGAAGUAGUGCUGAAGUAAAAGAAAUACGAGACUAUAAAAAAAUAAGCAAAAUUUCUAGUAAGAUAUGUUCAGACGAAAAAAGUAGUUUGAACCAGUUAGAAACAAUACAAUCGUUACAAAAUAACAAUCGACUUGUCCGCCAUACUAGGAACCGCACGAAAGUUGAAAAUAAAGACUUUAUCUAUGAUCUAGACGCAGUUCUAGUGAAAGAAUCUGCUGAUGAAUUGUGUGCUACAGAAAUAAUCGCCGACAAUAAGUCGAGUACGAAUAUUAUGAAAGAUAAAUUUGAUCAAGAGAGUGAUCUCACUGUUGUCCUUUAUCGAGACAGAGGUAUAGCAGAAAGUAAAUUUGGGAAAGUGGCUUAGCAUGAAAAUUUUUAUUUUUAAGUUGAUAAUUUUUAGAAACGCGUGUUGGCUAUUGUUUGAAUAUUAUUUAAAGUUUUGAUAGUGUUAUGCUCGUAUGCUCUUAAAAAAAUACAUCUCUCAUUUCUUUGUCCUGUGGAUAUUAGCAAACAAAAAUUUUUGCUCGAAUUAAUUAACAGUAUUGUCGUUGUUCAUAUGCGUCUAUGUAUAGUUGGAGAAAACAAGUUGUUAAUAAAUAUGUACGUGAAAAAUACAACAUAUUCAUAUGCAGACUUGUACAUAAUUUCUAUGUAAUCCUUGAAUAAAUAAUCUAACUCUAAAUAUAAAUUGUAAGAAGCAGCAUUUUAUAUGAUCAUCAUAAAAAGAAU